AUGUCCAACCAGACCUCAACUACCGUACAGGAGUUCAUCCUUGUUGGUUUUCCAGGUUUACAAGACCAAGAGAGCAAAACAAUAUUUUUCAUUGUGUUCCUAUUAGCAUAUCUGUUCAUUUGUGUAGGAAAUCUACUGAUCAUUUUAAUAUUUACAGUGGACAGAAGCCUACACAGCCCUAUGUACCUGUUAAUAUGCAAUCUGGCGAUCAUAGAUGUCACUUUGCCAACCGUCACCAUUCCCAAAAUGCUGGCCCUGUUUGCUUUUGAUUCCAGGUCCAUCUCGUUUUCUGCGUGUUUCACUCAGAUUCUACUCUAUCUUGGUUUGGUAACCAUUGAGUCCUUCCUGCUGAUGGUUAUGGCGUAUGACAGGUAUAUAGCCAUAUGUAAUCCGCUCCGUUAUCCUUCAAUUAUGACUAAUAACCACGUCUUAAAACGAAUUGCUUGCUGCUGGGUGGGUGGGUUGUGUGGACCUGUAAUUCCACUUGUCCUGGCCUUGAGGUUACCGUUCUGUGGGCCCAAUAAAGUUGUACACUGCUUUUGUGAUCAUUCAGCUGUCCUCAGGCUGGCCUGUGCAGAAAUUGUAAUUAACAGCUAUGUAGCUUUGACGAUUGCUUUGUCGGUGCUCUUUAUCCCCCUGAUUUAUAUACUUUUUUCCUACACCAGGAUCAUCAUGUCAGUGCUCAAAAUUGCCAGCUCUGAAGGUCGUCUAAAAGCCUUUUCUACCUGUGGUACUCAUUUACUGGUUAUUUCUAUAUUCAUUCUCACCGCUGCUGGUGUUUAUAUCUCUUACCGGAUACCAGGAACCUCUGCGGAUGUGCGCAUCAUGGCGGCGGUGCUACAGAAUGUGUUCCCACCCCUAAUGAAUCCAAUCAUUUACUGCCUGAGGACUAAGGAGAUCAGAGACAGCUUUGUGAAGACUUUUCAAAGGCAUAAAAUAUUACCAGGAGGCUAA